AGAAGCUGAAGCAGCGCAGAGACACCAUCCCCUGCCGCCGUGAGCUGUUAUGGAGACGAUGCAGUAUGACCGCUUCACCUCGUCAGAGUCCGAAAGCGUUGAGCGACAUCGUCGUGAAGCUCCCACAUACACACCGAACCAACAGAACCGUCGGAUUUACAUCAUGUUUGGCAUGCUCACGGUCUUCCUGCUCCUGCUGACUCUCUCAGUGGGAAUUAAAAUCACUCAGGUGAGCCAGCAGGUGUGGGACAUUUCCUCCUCGCUGCAGACAGUCACUGCGAUGAAAGCUGCUCAGACGGAUUCUAGUUCGUCUCAUGAACCUGCAGUGCCACUACCGUUGAGAGGUUCCUGUGAGAAUGACUGGGUCUUUUACAGCAAUAAGUGUUAUUACGUGUCUGUCCAGAGGUUGAUCUGGCACGAUGCAGAGAAGAACUGCGUCCAGCGAAGGGCUCACCUGAUGGUGGUGAACGACCGUACGGAGAUGGAGUACAUAUCUCAGGUGACUGAAGAACAUCUGAGUUAUUGGAUAGGUCUGAUUGAGAGAGAUGGUGAGGGGACCUGGAGCUGGGUCGACGGAACAGACUUUAAUUCCACUGAGCAUCUCUGGGAUGAAGGACAGCCGGAUGACUGGGAUGCCCGUGUGAACGGAGAAGACUGCGGGCAAAUUCACUCAAAGCAUAACCCUCACAUGAUAAUACCAUACAGGCUGUGGAACGAUGCUGACUGUACAUUACGUUAUAAAUAUAUAUGUGAGAAAUCUGUAUAGCACACACACACACACACACACACACACACACACACACACCAAUACUGAGUUUAUCAUUCUCAAAAGUGAGCGCAAACUGCAACAAAAAUAAAAAAUGCAGUCUUCCUCAUUACCGCUGCUUAUUUCUAACAUAAUUCUGUUUUGUAGCUUAGCAGUGUUCGCAUAAAUAAUAAUAAACUGAAAUACGUUCAGCU